GGCAAACCGCCUAUACCAUCGCUUGUAAUGCUGUUUGUAGAAGGUAUGAACAAUCUAAGCCGCAAAGGUUAGAGAACAGUAUACCUAUGAUCGAGCUAGGACACGCUGAGAAAUGUUUCUAAUUAAUUAAUCAUUAUACACUGUAUUUAGGCUUUGACUGCAAGCCUUUCGGAAAUGCUCAUCAUGUUCAUUGCACAGCUAAAGCCAUUGCUUGUGUCGCAGACUUACCUGCAGAAGCUGACGUUUUAUGUAUGUCUCAUCACUCUGGCAAUUACAGCUGUCUACUCUGCGAACAAAAAAGGUGUGCAUGUUUCGAGACGACGCGGGCACGUCCAUGUCUUUCCCUUCUCGGAAGAAGCUCCAGCAAGAACGAAAGAGUCCUUUAAACGAAAUGCACGAGAAGCAGUGCGAUUGCAACAACAGACUGCAGGAGUAAAGACCGCUUCACCGGUGCUUCUUUUGUGCCAUUUUGACCCAGUGAGAGGCACUGUCAUCGACUACAUGCACGGUAUUCUGUUAGGAGUCACAAAAACGCUGUUGCACCGUUGGAUUGAUAACGAGCACAAAGGAGAACGAUUUUAUAUUGGAAAUAAGAGAGAGCUGAUAGAUCAAUGCCUUUGUAGCAUUAAGCCUCCCGACUAUGUGAAGAGAGUGCCUCGAGGUCUACAGUGUUUAGGACGCUGGAAAGGUCUGCAUAGAUACAUAGAUACAAAGUGGCUAGACAUGCGUUGA